AUGGUGCUGCUGCUCGUCAUCCUCAUCCCGGUGCUGGUCAGCUCGGCCGGCACCUCGGCGCACUACGAGAUGCUGGGCACCUGCCGCAUGGUCUGCGACCCCUACGGCGGCACCAAGGCGCCCAGCACGGCGGCCACGCCCGACCGCGGCCUCAUGCAGUCCCUGCCUACCUUCAUCCAGGGGCCCAAGGGGGAGGCCGGCCGGCCGGGCAAAGCGGGGCCCCGCGGCCCCCCGGGGGAGCCGGGGCCGCCCGGCCCGGUGGGGCCGCCGGGUGAGAAGGGAGAGCCGGGGCGGCAAGGGCUGCCGGGCCCCCCCGGGGCGCCGGGGUUGAACGCGGCGGGGGCCAUCAGCGCCGCCACCUACAGCACCAUCCCCAAGAUCGCCUUCUACGCCGGCCUCAAGCGGCAGCACGAGGGCUACGAGGUGCUCAAGUUCGACGACGUGGUCACCAACCUGGGUAACCACUACGACCCCACCACCGGCAAGUUCACCUGCUCCAUCCCCGGCAUCUACUUCUUCACCUACCAUGUGCUCAUGCGGGGCGGCGACGGCACUAGCAUGUGGGCCGACCUCUGCAAGAACAACCAGGUUCGAGCCAGUGCGAUUGCUCAGGACGCCGACCAGAACUACGACUACGCCAGUAACAGCGUGGUCCUUCACCUGGAGCCAGGAGAUGAAGUUUACAUUAAAUUAGACGGAGGAAAAGCACACGGAGGGAACAACAACAAAUACAGCACAUUUUCUGGAUUUAUUAUUUAUGCUGACUGA